UAGACACGUGACUCUCCUAGGCGGCCUUCGUCUUCCCCCCCUCCCCCUUCUCGGAAACCCGGCCCCCUCACCCCUCGCCCACCCCGGAGCCGCGAUAAUGGACCGUUUGGGUUCCAGAAUUCCUUUGGAUUCAACCACUGGUACAGGGUCGGCGGGAGCCGGUGGAGUCCGUGCUUGGCGGAAAAGGCGGGGGGCGGCCAAGAUGGGGGGGGAAAUCAUCUUCCUUCACCUAGGAGAGAGGCGGGGCGGAGAGAGGGGCUGGGGUUUGCGGUGGGGGGGGAGGGAGGAAGUCACGUGGGUCCUGCGGCGCGCGCUGCGUGCGCGCGGCGCCUCAUCCGUCGCCCCACCCCCUCCCGGUGGGGCGGGGGGGGUUGGGGGAGGGGCGUCAAGAUGGCGGCGGGGAGGUAGGCAGAGCCGGACGCUGCUGCUGCCGCCGCCACCGCCGCCUCCGCUCCAGUCGCCUCUGGUCCUUCAAGCUGUCGCCGCCCGGGAGAAGGUGUUCCAGCGUCAGAUCCUGUGGGGAAAAUGGUGGAGCCAGGGCAAGAUUUACUGCUUGCUGCUUUGAGUGAGAGUGGAAUUAGUCCGAAUGACCUCUUUGAUAUUGAUGGUGGAGAUGCGGGGCUUGCAACUCUGACACCUACUCCUCCAGUACAACAGUCAGUGCCACUUAGUGCAUUAGAACUAAAUUUGGAGACUGAAGCAGCAGUUCCUGUUAAACAAGAACCAGAGACGGUAUCUACUCCAGCAUUAUUAAAUGUUAGGCAGCAGCCUCCAUCUACGACAACAUUUGUGCUGAAUCAAAUAAAUCAGCUUCCAACCUUGGGAUCUACAAUUGUAAUGACUAAAACACCACCUGUAACAACGAAUAGGCAAACCAUCACUUUAACAAAAUUUAUUCAAACUACUGCAAACACACGUCCCUCGGUCUCAGCACCAGCAGUGCGAAAUGCCAUGACCUCUGCACCUUCAAAAGACCAGGUUCAACUGAAGGACCUACUAAAAAAUAAUAGUCUGAAUGAACUAAUGAAACUGAAGCCACCAGCCAAUAUUGCUCAGCCAGUUGCAACAGCAGCCACUGACGUAAGCAAUGGCACAGUAAAAAAAGAGUCUUCUAAUAAAGAAGUAGCAAGAAUAUGGAUAAAUGAUGUGAAAAUGAGGAGUUUUUCCCCAACUAUGAAGGUCCCUGUUGUGAAAGAGGAAGAUGAACCAGAGGAAGAAGACGAAGAAGAAAUGGGUCAUGCGGAAACCUAUGCAGAGUAUAUGCCAAUAAAAUUAAAAAUUGGCCUACGUCACCCAGAUGCAGUAGUUGAAACUAGCUCUUUAUCCAGUGUUACUCCUCCUGAUGUUUGGUACAAAACAUCUAUUUCUGAAGAAACCAUUGAUAAUGGCUGGUUAUCAGCAUUACAGCUUGAAGCAAUUACAUAUGCAGCUCAGCAACAUGAAACAUUCCUACCUAAUGGGGAUCGUGCUGGCUUCUUAAUAGGUGAUGGUGCUGGUGUAGGAAAAGGAAGGACAAUAGCAGGAAUCAUCUAUGAAAAUUACUUAUUGAGUAGAAAAAGAGCUUUGUGGUUCAGUGUUUCAAAUGAUUUAAAGUAUGAUGCUGAAAGAGAUUUGAGGGAUAUUGGAGCAAAAAACAUUUUGGUCCAUUCAUUAAAUAAGUUUAAAUAUGGAAAAAUUUCUUCCAAGCAUAAUGGGAGUGUGAAGAAGGGUGUUAUUUUUGCUACCUAUUCUUCCCUUAUUGGUGAAAGUCAGUCUGGUGGUAAAUAUAAAACGAGGUUGAAACAACUUCUGCAUUGGUGCGGUGACGACUUCGAUGGAGUGAUAGUAUUUGAUGAAUGUCAUAAAGCAAAAAACUUAUGUCCUGUUGGUUCUUCGAAGCCAACCAAGACAGGCUUAGCAGUUUUAGAGCUUCAGAACAAAUUACCAAAAGCCAGAGUUGUUUAUGCUAGUGCCACUGGUGCUUCUGAACCACGAAACAUGGCCUAUAUGAACCGUCUUGGAAUAUGGGGUGAAGGAACUCCAUUUAGAGAAUUCAGUGAUUUUAUUCAGGCAGUAGAACGGAGAGGUGUUGGUGCCAUGGAAAUAGUUGCUAUGGAUAUGAAGCUUAGAGGAAUGUACAUUGCUCGACAGCUGAGCUUUACUGGAGUGACCUUCAAAAUUGAGGAAGUUCUUCUUUCUCAGAGCUAUGUUAAAAUGUAUAAUAAAGCAGUCAAACUGUGGGUCAUUGCCAGAGAGCGUUUUCAGCAAGCUGCGGAUCUGAUUGAUGCUGAGCAACGAAUGAAGAAAUCCAUGUGGGGUCAGUUCUGGUCUGCUCACCAGAGAUUUUUUAAAUACUUGUGCAUUGCAUCCAAAGUUAAAAGGGUUGUGCAACUAGCUCGAGAAGAAAUCAAGAAUGGAAAAUGUGUUGUAAUUGGUCUGCAGUCUACAGGAGAAGCUCGAACAUUAGAAGCCUUGGAAGAGGGCGGGGGAGAAUUGAAUGAUUUUGUUUCAACUGCCAAAGGAGUGUUGCAGUCACUCAUUGAAAAACACUUCCCUGCUCCAGACAGGAAAAAACUUUAUAGUUUACUAGGAAUUGAUUUGACAGCUCCAAGUAACAACAGCUCACCAAGAGAUAGUCCUUGUAAAGAAAAUAAAAUAAAGAAACGGAAAGGUGAGGAAAUAACUCGAGAAGCCAAAAAAGCACGAAAAGUUGGUGGCCUUACUGGUAGCAGUUCUGAUGAUAGUGGAAGUGGAUCUGAUGCCUCUGAUAAUGAGGAAAGCGACUACGAGAGCUCUAAAAACAUGAGUUCUGGAGAUGAUGAUGAUUUCAACCCCUUUAGAGAUGAGUCUAGUGAGGAUGAUGAAGAUGAUCCCUGGUUAAUCAGAAAAGACCACAAGAAAAACAAAGAUAAAAAAAAAAGGAAAAGUAUAGAUCCAGAUUCUAUUCAAAGUGCCUUAUUAGCAUCAGGUCUUGGAUCAAAACGACCUAGUUUUUCAUCUACACCAGUUAUUUCACCUACUCCUAACAGUGCACCAGCUAACAGUAACAUCAACAGUAACAGUAGCCUUAUAACAAGUCAGGAUGCUGUGGAAAGAGCCCAGCAGAUGAAGAAAGACCUACUUGAUAAACUAGAAAAAUUAGCUGAAGACCUUCCUCCUAAUACCUUGGAUGAACUUAUUGAUGAACUUGGUGGUCCUGAGAAUGUUGCUGAGAUGACUGGCCGCAAGGGAAGGGUUGUAAGCAAUGAUGAUGGAAGUAUAUCUUACGAAUCAAGAUCUGAACUCGAUGUCCCUGUGGAAAUACUAAAUAUCACAGAAAAACAAAGAUUUAUGGAUGGAGAUAAGAAUAUUGCUAUCAUCUCAGAAGCUGCUAGCUCAGGUAUUUCAUUACAAGCAGAUAGGAGAGCUAAAAAUCAAAGGCGAAGAGUUCACAUGACUCUGGAAUUACCAUGGAGUGCUGAUAGAGCAAUUCAGCAAUUUGGACGGACUCAUAGAUCAAACCAAGUUACUGCUCCUGAAUACGUUUUUCUGAUUUCUGAGUUGGCAGGAGAACAGAGAUUUGCAUCUAUUGUUGCUAAAAGACUUGAGAGUUUGGGUGCACUUACACAUGGAGACAGAAGAGCAACAGAAUCUAGAGAUCUGAGCAGGUUCAACUUUGAUAAUAAGUAUGGAAGAAAUGCUUUAGAAAUUGUCAUGAAAUCCAUUGUAAACCUGGAUUCUCCUAUGGUCUCACCACCUCCAGACUAUCCUGGAGAAUUCUUUAAAGAUGUUCGACAAGGACUAAUAGGCGUUGGCCUGAUAAAUGUAGAAGAUCGUUCUGGAAUUCUUACUCUAGAUAAAGAUUAUAACAACAUAGGAAAAUUCUUAAAUAGAAUUUUGGGCAUGGAAGUGCAUCAACAGAAUGCAUUAUUUCAGUAUUUUGCAGAUACGCUUACUGCAGUUGUUCAAAAUGCCAAAAAAAAUGGAAGAUAUGAUAUGGGAAUCUUAGAUCUUGGUUCUGGAGAUGAAAAAGUGAGGAAAAGUGACGUUAAGAAGUUUUUGACUCCAGGAUAUUCAACCUCUGGCCACGUAGAAUUAUACACAAUAAGUGUAGAGAGGGGAAUGUCCUGGGAGGAAGCUACCAAGAUUUGGGCUGAGCUGACAGGACCAGAUGAUGGCUUUUAUUUGUCAUUGCAAAUAAGAAACAACAAGAAAACUGCCAUCUUAGUCAAAGAAGUGAAUCCUAAAAAGAAGCUUUUCUUAGUUUAUAGACCAAAUACUGGGAAACAGCUCAAAUUAGAAAUUUAUGCUGAUCUAAAGAAGAAAUAUAAGAAGGUAGUGUCAGAUGAUGCCCUGGUCCACUGGUUAGAUCAGUAUAAUUCAUCUGCAGAUACUUGUACUCAUGCUUAUUGGCGUGGUAAUUGCAAAAAAGCAAGCUUGGGAUUAGUUUGUGAAAUUGGUCUUCGGUGCCGCACAUACUAUGUAUUAUGUGGCUCCGUACUGAGUGUCUGGACGAAAGUAGAGGGUGUUCUAGCAUCUGUCAGUGGCACAAAUGUGAAAAUGCAGAUAGUUCGGCUAAGAACAGAGGAUGGACAACGGAUUGUAGGUUUGAUCAUUCCUGCAAAUUGUGUGUCUCCUCUUGUAAAUCUCCUGUCAACUUCAGACCAGUCUCAACAGCUUGCAGUCCAACAGAAACAGCUGUGGCAGCAGCGUCACCCCCAGAGUAUCGCCAAUUUGAGCAACGCAUAAGAACAGACAGGUUUUAACAUGGAUGUAUCUGAAAUGCUGUUGAAGCAUAUCAUUUGCAUAAAAAUCAGGGACAGUUUCCAAAGAAUUAUAAUUUUUUUUCAGUUGUGCUCUCUCUAGUUAAUUUUUUUGGGAAUAAGGACAAACCUGGAAUAGAUAGCAAAACUGAAAAUCAGCAGUGCCGAUGGUGGUACAUAUGUCUUUCCUUUUGCUUUUCCCAUGGUACUUCCCAUAUGCAUUUACUUUGGGUGAGCAGAGGGGUAUGUGUGCUUGUGUGUCCGUCUGUUUGUUUGUUUGUGAGUUUGUUAAAAGCUAUGAACCACAAUUGGUUUUAAAAUGCUUGGAACUUCCCAAACUGGCUUUACUUUAUUUUAUACAGUGCUCAGGGUUAACGCAGUACAUCCAUGCCAUUGCUAUGGGACUUAUCUCCGAAUGCAUGUGUUUUGAGUCUAUAAAUAGAGAAAAUAUAUAUUGGUUUCUUUUUCCAACUUAUUAAAACAGUAGGUUUAUUAAAGCAUGAAAUGAAAGGUUGCAUAUCAUGCAUUCAGGUUCUUUUCUAGUUUUUGUUCUGACAGUGCAUGUCUUUGAAAGCAUGCGUAAACAAGAUUAACACAGAUGUCAAGUAAGAGAGAAACAUUUGUAGAUGUACAGCAUUGGUUAUUGCAUUUUUAUAGUGUUUAUACCUGGGUAUUGCUUCAAACCCUGCAGAAUCCACUUCCCCCAUUCUCCCUUCCUGCCCCAGGUUUCUUGUCAAGGUAAUGAGUACAUACAUUUUUUUUGUGAUAAAACUCUUAAAAGUUAAUUUUAAUGUAUUAAUAGUAUUCCUAAUGUGUGCUGCAAAAUGGCUACAAGCCCGCUUUUCUUAAAAUUACAUUUUUCUUAAGGAUAGUUGUAGAAAGAAGUACAAAUUGGCUUCCAUCUUGCAAACCAUCUUUUUUUUUUUUUUACUUCUUUAUCUUCAUUUGCUUUGUCACUCGUAAAAAUGGAAACCGUACUUGAGUUGUAAACUAGACAAUGAGGAAACACUUGAGGCUUCUGCUGUAUGUUUAUUUCUUGUUGUUAUUGUUGUUACCCAGUAACUUGAAUAUUGUUUUAAUGUGUUGUUAAGACAUUGUAGAGUUUAUCUCAAGCUGUUAAAAAUGGUAAUGUACAAAUGUGAAUAGACACUUAUCUAUAAUAUGGGUAAGUUUUGUUUCGCCUAUAAUAGAUGUUUAUAAAAACAAGUGAGGGGACAAUUGGUCUUUUUGUUUCCUUUUUAUUUCUUCCCCCUUUUUUGCUUGCACAGGUUGCACUAUUGAAAAAUUGAGAUUGUAUAAAACCUGGUCAAAAGCUGCAAGAUACCACAGUCUUGUAGAUGUCAAAUAAAAAUUUAUUAUACUAACCAGAAGUGGACUCUUGUUUAGGCCCUCACCACCUUCAGAAGUAGUCUGUGCCAGGGAUGCUGCAUAACUUGCGUGUUGCUCAACAUUCCAGGUAGCCUUAUAUUUUGGCUUAAAACCUACCCCUCAAAAUUGAAGUGAUGUUGAGGAAGGGGCAAAUGAUAGUACUUUUGAUGAAUGUUUCUCAAGUUGAGCUGUUCUCUUUUGUUACUUUGUAGACUUAUUGCAGAAUCAGGUGAGAUGUACGUUAAAUAAUGGGAAAGCUAGGGCUAUCAUCCUCUUGUGUUUCUUCAAGCCUGAGUUUGGUUAUGUGACAUUUACCAUAAAUUUUCUUUCUUUGAAUCUGUUUAUUCUCAAUGCCUAAAAGAACAAAUUGCAAAUAAUUUCUGUUUUUUGGUAUAUUUUGCCCAGUGGAUGCAACUUUUAUCCUCAGUCUAGUUCUUGUAUCUCAGGCAGUGAUCCAUAUGAAUAUCAACUAAUUUCCCUUGUCAGGGCCGUUAGACCCAGCUGGCAGCCAAGAGCAGAAUUGUCCACCUGCACCAAAACUUCCCAGUUAUUAGUUCUUCUGUUUUUUAAAUCAGGAGCCUGAUCAGCUUCCACCAGUAUCCUAAGAUGAACUAGAACUGUGGAGGGGAAGAAAGACUCUCGUAGGCUUGGCCCAACUUCCCCUUUUUGUAUGUGGGGAUGUCUUUUUUAGCAGGUUAUGGUUUUUUUCCAAGCAGCUUAAGUAUGAAGAUAGUUUAGCAUGCAAUUAGUUGACCCUCUAGUCAUGAUGUAAUGUUUGCUCUUGGAAUAGCUAUCUUGAUACAAAGGGGCAUAUGUAUAUUCUGUUUUUUAUAGACCAGCUCUGUUUUGCUUUUUUAAAAAAGGUCCGGAAAUAAGGCCUCUGACCACUCUCAAAGUAGACCUCAGAGAGGGAACCAGUAAAUGGAUGGGGAGCUGAGGGCUGGUGCCCAGGCUCAUCAUAGUGUGGGUUGUGUGUGAGCACUGGAGUCUGCCGCCUGUCCUCUCUGGAGAUAAACGUAUGACCUUUACACUGUGCCCUUAUCCAAGUCAGCAAGUUUUAGGUUGGUCAACAUGGGAAAACCCAGUACUCAAGGUCCUCCCCUGUCAAAAAAUCAAGUCUUAACAAUAGCUAACUUCUAUAAAACAGAUUCUUGUAUUUCAGGAUCUGAAUGCCACGUCUGACCCAAGGGGCCUUGUUGAACCCAGUGUGAGUCCUUUUGGCCUCUGCAAUGCCUUUUUCCCUUUUUAAGCAAUAUGGCUCUGAGCACAAAGAUCUGAUUAUAAAUCAUGUUAGUGUUCUCAGAGUUAACAGUGCGGAUUGUACUAAAAACCACUUUCCUAGUCCAGAGCUGCUCAGAUGGUAUUGGGAGAGUAGUGUUCCCUAAUUUAGCAUUCUGCAUACCACAUGGUCUCCAGCUGCAGUUUAAUGGGAUUAUUAUCCAGAUACGUAUCAAUGAUAUGAAUUCCUAGAAGUAUUAAUAUGGUAUUUUUAAACACAACUUGAUGAAAAACUAAGUAUCUUAAGCAGUUUUCCCUUUUUGCUGCUCUAUUGCAGAUACGCUCUUCAAUAUCUUUUCUUUACCAUCUGUAUAUAAGUUAGCAAGAACCUGCAUCCAAAGCAGUGUAGUAGUGUGUGUAUGUAUAUAUCUAUAUAUAUAUUUAUUCCAGUCCAAUUAGCACUUCAGAAACUUUUUUGAAUUGCAUCAGUAAACCUUUUAGUUGUAUUUUGCUUUAUGUGUAAAAGUUCUAGAUUACCAAGAUCCAGGGGAAUAUAAUAUUUUAGAGGCACAAUAUUCUGGUUAUAGCCCCUGGGGCACUUAUUUGCUAAUCUCAUGUGAUGCUAUCAGAACAGCUUCCCCCAGGCAUGACAAGAAGGAGUACCAGGGCAGCAUUUACAGUUGUGUAAUGGGAGUCUUUUCCAUAGUUCCCCCUACUUUCCAGUUUAGCAGGAGAGAAAAAAAGCAAUAGAUUAGAAAUGAUUGAUGCGUCUCAAUUUAUGAAAGUAGGAGUAAAGGAAAAGUGUUUUUCUUUUGGGUCCUUUUCUUGAGUAGAUAUUAAGAGGAAGGUCCCUAUCUAAAUAUUCUCAUUUUAAAAAAUGUACCUGAAUGAUAUUUGAUAGUUUCUAAGAAUGGUGCUAUGUAAGAAUUGCUGUUAGGCUGGUAUCCAGUUAACAGAUGUUUAGUUAGUGCAGGCACCCCAGCGACAAAGGCAGCCACUGGAUAGGACCCCUUUCUACAUCUGGGACCUCCUUGGCCAACACCAUAUCCAUGCACACGCACUGUACACACUUUGUUGCUGGAAUAUACAACAAGCAGUCCAUGUUGUGGCUACAGCUGUGAGCAAAAACCCAUUUGUAAAAAUUCCUCAUUGGAUGCCAGUUGUCUAAUACAAAGGCAGUGUCUUUUUAAGGGCAUGUACAUGAAGGAAACACAUCUAGAUACCUGCAAUUAGAGCUAGCUAGUAAUUUUUUUCUGAGUACUUGAGGUGAAAUCCAAAACCCACCUUCUAAUUUUAUGCUGUACUUAUAUAUAUGUAUAUAAUGUGUAUAUAUAGAAAUGUUGAGUUCUUUUGGAUUCUGAAUGUAAAUAUUUCAUGUAAAUUGGGACCCCACCCACUUGUUUUUCUCUUUCCUCCUCCCUUCAAUCCUAUUUAUUCUUUUCUUGACUUCCCAUGGGGGGCUUCUUAUAAUUUUUUUUUUUUUUUUUUUUUGGAUGUAGAAACGUAUUACAAACUUGGGUUGAAUUUGUUCAUGUAUUUUAGAAUUUAGUUUUGCAUCUUUACUCUAGAAUUCCUGUGUCUUUUGUGUUAAUAUUUUUCAACAUGCCUGAUUGUGUUUUGCAUUUUUAUUACAAAUUUUUACUCUGUGCAAUGCAUUGUAUUGGGGGGAAUGUACUUGAGUGCAAUUUCUGAUACUGUCAUUAUAUGACUAGUUAUGCUCAUUUAUGUUGCUCUUUGGAAGCUAUAGUGAGCCUGAUGUUUUCACCUAAAAAUUUUUUUCCCAACACUUCCUUUAAGCUCCUCUAACUUCUUCAGUGCACUUGGGGUCAAACUCAGCUCUUCAGUAAACCCGACUUGUUCCACCCCUUGCAGUUUUUGAGGUCUGCACCAAAUCCUUCAUCCUUGUGGCUUUCUAGCUAAGAGGAAAAUUUUGCAGAUUUGAACAGUGAUUUAUGGCCUGCUGCUGCUGCAAAUUUUCUUUUUCUGUAAGAAGCCGAGCCUGUACUGUUCACCUACAAAUAAAAAUCAGAAACUUACUUUGUAGCGACCACAGGUAAUCUGCUUCUGCUCCCACCAGUUAAGAAUAUUUAGACACAGAGAUAGGCCUGGUACAUGCCAGUGUCCAUACUGACAGUAACAUUAGAGAAUGUACUUUUGGGACAGUUGUCCUCCCAAAUAGAGCAACACAACUGCUAUGGAGGCUUCCAUGCACCUUCAGCUCAUGGGCUGAGGGUAAAAGAGGCAGGUAAAAGGGACUGGCCAGUAGGACCCUGGAGCUAUUCCGCCAUCCUGUACUGGUGAAUUGAUCUCAACUAGAUCAACCAUAAACCUAGGAGCAGAGCUGGAUUAAGGCAUUCUUAACAAUUGAGUUAGUGUUGCCAGCAGGGCAAACCCAGAGGUGGCUCACAAAAUACUUAGUGGUCAUCGUCACCUGGGAGGCGGACACUGCGUUUUUACUUAAACAUUUUGCACUUUGAAGACAUUCUCUGUAACUUUCAGGAAUGAUAGACAUGAGCAUUUCUUGGGCCUUUCAUUCAUGUAUACAUUUCAUUCAUUACUGUUGAACUUGGGAGACUAAAUUUAAAGUUGUCUGCAUUUAGGUAAGUUCUGGGAACCUAAUUUGUCGUGAACUAGGGCCUGUCGGAAGUGAGGUCUGUUGGGAAUCCCUGUCCCAGCUCUUCCUGCCCAGCCUUCCUCCUCUGGCACCCUGGGGCAGUUGAACUGCGCCGUUUGCAGCAGCAGCUUUCAGGACUCCAUCAGACAGACUGCGCCCUUGGAGUGCAGAGCAAGGGAUGCCACUGGGAAUGUCGGUUCUUUUUGAUAUUGCAAGUCGGGCCUCCUUGGGGCUGAGGGUUGGUCCCCAGACCCCUUAGUGAGAACCCCCUGGCUUUCCUGCCCACCCUGACUGAGGGCCUUCCUUGCUGUGACAGUAUUUGUGGCACUGAAGAGGAUAAAGAAGCUUGAGCCUUCUUUCUGACUUCCACUUUAUGGGGCAGAGAGCUGUUUUUCUACGUAGCACAUUGCAGUCUCACCACCAUCAGAAAAAAAAUCAUCCCUUUUAUGGUUUAUACUGAAAUUGCAAACUACUGAUGUUAUUUUUCAAUAACCACUUGUAUCUACCAUCAACCAUGAGAGGUGGGAAGAGGUACGCUGUGUCUCUGCAAUAAAACUUGCCAGGUUCUACCUCCGCUGAGCAAAGGAUACUUUUAUACGUAGGCAUAGAUCUUCUCCUUUAUUAAUCUGACAUGGUGCAUCUUGAGACAACAUGAUGGAAUCCAAAGACAAUUUGAAACAAAGGUGGAUGUAAACUCUUUUGGUUGUUUUUGUUUCGUUCUCUUUUUUAAAAUCUCUCUUUUUAUAUUGCUACUCUGUUUUGAAUGUCCAUCAGUGUGAAGGGUACGCACUGUUCUGAGGAUACUGCACUGCUUCUUCAGCCUUCCAUGGUAAUACAGUACCGAGUGUCCAGAAAUGAUUGUUCUGACCAUUUUGAUUUGUAACUUUAAAAAUUGGAUCUCAUGCAAUAAAAAUGUAUUGGCUGCAUUUAGCGAGGUUUAACCCUUGCAAGUAAAAAUGAUCAACCAUGAAACGUAAUACAUUCUGUAUUGAGGUUUUGUUAUUGUGUUUUUUGGUUUUGUUUUUUUUUUUUUUUUUCUUUUUUUCUUUUUUUGUAAGAUUCUUAAAUAAAUUAAACUGGC